AUGAAAUUGACUGCUUCGGGGUUUUGUCCCUUAACUCCACAAAUGCAAGCACUUAUAGCUGAGGUAGACAAACCCAAGAUGGGGGGACAAAAAGGUUCGAAGAUGGGAGAAAAGAAAACAACUGAUAAGGAAGGUCCUUCAGCAACUGUGAAAUCAACUACAAAGCGAAAGACUAAAACCGUUCCUUCUACUUCUUCUCCUAAAAAGCGAAAGCAACCUGCUCGGAAACGCAAGUCCCCCACUCCAAGCGAAAGUGAAAGUUUGGAGUCUGAAUCUCAAUCAGUUGAUCGUAAUGAACAAGAACCACCAAUUCGGAAUGAGGAGGAAGAGUCUGCUCGCAACAAAGAUGCUACAUCUAAUCCUGAGGUAACUCCUAUUUACAACGAUAUCUUUAUAUCUCCUCCUUGUUCUCCUAAACACACUACAAUACCAAUUACCAUUGCACCAUUCCCUCAUCCCGUUUCAAAUAAACCUCAAAGCACCAUUCCCUUAUCUACACCUUUAUACACUGAUUCCACUGUUCCUCCAAAAACUUCUAGAGAACCUGUUGUUUCAGUCAACACAUCUGAUGCGGGGGCUAAAACUUCAGGCUUCACAUCGUCUCAUAUUUCUCCACCCAUUUCCCCAAUAUAUCGAGCUGAUCCUGAUAUGAUAUAUGGAGAUGAUGAAGAUGAUUUAGCAGGGUUUACUUUCAGUCUAAUCACUAUUCGGGCUGCUAGUGAUGAUGAAGCUUCAAUUACGAAGGGGCAACUAAAAGCCAUCAAUGAAAAGCUUGACUCUCUACUACAGGCUUGCAAACCAUCUUCUUCUGAUGAGUACUCCCAAGCCUCAGUAAAGUAUAUCCUUGAAAUCCUUACCAAGGAGCAUUCAUAUAAUCGUGAAAAGAUGAACAAGGUUGUGGAUGCCUCUACCUCAGUUUGCAAGGAAACGACCAAAAAAGUCGAUAAACUAAUUUCUUAUGCCAUUGCGUUCAUGAAAACCUUCCAGUCAUCUUUUGAGACUAAUACAACGGGUGCUAAUGAAGAAAUUGCAAAUGUUGGCUCGUCUCUUAAGAUUGAACGAUCAAAACUUCAAGAAGUCCAAACUGGAAUCACCUCUGAUCACAAAGCAUUCAAAUCCUCCAUCUCCUCAUAA